CCGAGACGCGCGGCUGCGGGUUCCCGGCCGGAGCGGCGAACGGGGCGCAGGCGGACGGCAGCAUGGCCCGGUCGGGGAACAAGGCAGCUGUUGUGCUGUGUAUGGAUGUGAGCUCCGCCAUGAAUGAUUCCUUCAUGGGUGAAGAGUCCUCAUUUGAACUAGCAAAGAAGGUGAUAACCAUGUUUGUCCAGCGACAGGUGUUUGCAGAGACCAAGGAUGAAGUUGCAUUAGUCCUUUUCGGGACAGAUGGCACCGAGAAUGCCCUUGCUGGGGAAGAUCAAUAUCAGAACAUCACAGUGCACAGACAUCUCAUGCUACCAGAUUUUGACUUGUUGGAUGACCUUGAAAACAGAAUCCAGCCAGGUUCUCAACAUGCUGACUUCGUGGAUGCACUCAUCGUGUGCAUGGAUUUGAUUCAGCAAGAAACAGUUGGAAAGAAGUUUGAGAAGAGACAUAUUGAAGUCUUCACUGACCUCAGCAGCCCAUUCAGCAAAGAUCAACUGGAGACGGUCAUCGAGAACUUGAAGAGAUCCGGCAUCUCCCUGCAGUUCUUCCUGCCUUUCUCCAUUGGCAAGGAAGAUGGAACCGGGGACAGAGGAGAUGGUGACUUCACCCCAGCCCGUCACAGACCCUCAUUUCCUCUGAAGGGAAUUACUGAGCAGCAAAAAGAAGGUAUUCGGACAGUGAAAAAAAUAAUGACGUCUUUAGAAGGCGAAGAAGGGCUGGAGGAAAUUUAUUCCUUCAGUGAGAGUCUGAGACAGCUGUGUGUCUUUAAGAAAAUUGAGAGGCGUCCCAUGCCCUGGCCCUGCCAACUAACCAUUGGCUCCAAUUUGUCCAUAAGGAUUGUGGCUUAUAAAUCGAUUGUACAGGAGAAAGUUAAAAAGUCUUGGACAGUUGUGGAUGCAAGAACCCACAAGAAAGAAGAUAUACAAAAAGAAACCGUUUAUUGCUUGAAUGAUGAUGAUGAGACGGAAGUUUCGAAAGACAAUAUCAUUCAAGGAUUCCGCUAUGGGAGCGAUAUCAUCCCUUUCUCUAAAGUGGAUGAGGAGCAAAUGAAAUAUAAAUCGGACGGAAAGUGCUUCUCUGUUUUGGGAUUUUGUAGAUCUUCUCAGGUCCACAGGAAGUAUUUUAUGGGAAAUCAAGUUCUAAAGGUCUUUGCAGCAAAAGACGAUGAGGCAGCCGCGGUCGCUCUGUCCUCCCUCAUUCAUGCCCUGGAUGAGUUAGACAUGGUGGCCAUCGUUCGAUAUGCUUAUGACAGAAGAGCGAACCCUCAAGUUGGCGUGGCUUUUCCUUAUAUCAAGGACACCUAUGAGUGUUUAGUGUAUGUGCAGCUGCCUUUCAUGGAAGACUUGCGGCAGUACAUGUUUUCCUCCUUGAAAAAUAACAAGAAGUGCACUCCCACAGAAGCGCAGCUGAAUGCUAUUGAUGCUUUGAUUGACUCCAUGAGCUUGGUAAAGAAAGAUGAAGAAGAGGAUGCUAUUGAAGACUUGUUCCCAUCUACCAAAAUCCCCAAUCCUCAGUUUCAGAGGUUAUUUCAGUGUCUGCUGCACAGAGCAUUACAUCCCGGGGAGCCUCUGCCUCCAAUUCAGCCACACAUUUUGAACAUGCUGGAUUCCCCGGCGGAAGUAACAGCUAAGUGUGAGAUUCCUCUCUCUAAAGUAAAGACUCUUUUCCCUCUGACUGAAGUCAUCAAGAAAAAGGAUCAAAUGACUGCUCAGGACAUUUUCCAAGACAACCAUGAAGAAGGACCCACAUCUAAAAAACUCAAGACUGAGGAAGGGGAAGCCCCAUUUAGUGUCAGUAGCCUGGCUGAAGGCACUGUCACCUCUGUUGGAAGUGUGAAUCCUGUGGAAAAUUUCCGCCUGCUAGUCAGGCAGAAGAAUUCCAGCUUUGGGGAAGUGAGUCAACAGCUGAUAAAUCACAUUGAACAGUUUUUGGAUACGAACGAAACAGCCUAUUUUAUGAAGAGCAUGGAUUGCAUCAAAGCCUUCCGGAAAGAAGCCAUUCAGUUUUCAGAAGAGAAGCGUUUUAACGAUUUCUUGAAGGCCCUUCGAGAAAAGGUGGAGAUUAAACAAUUAAAUCAUUUCUGGGACAUCAUCGUUCAGGAUGGAAUUUCUCUGAUCACCAAAGAUGAAGCCGCUGGAAGCUCUGUCACAGCUGAAGAAGCCAAAAAGUUUCUGGCCCCCAAAGAAAACACAAAUGAUGAAAAAGCAGCCAUGCCUGAGGAAGGUGGUGAUGUGGAUGAUUUACUGGACUUGAUCUAGGUCAUGGAUAUGUGAACCAGAGAAUCGCCAUCACUCUUGACGUUGAGACUUUUACACUCCUUAAGAAGCCAUUCACGAAGAACCGGGGAUUCUAAGUGUAUUACUUAAUUACAUUUCUAUUUUAAAACAGAGGAAAUAAUUUAGACCCCCAGUUUAUAAAGAGUCCUUGUUAUUUUCUGA